GCAUUCCUGAGCUGCCUGUCAGUCUGAGUGACAGUCCUCAACAAGCAAACGGAGUAUAAAAGGGAGACAGCUCUAUGUUUUGGACUACCAGGAGGAUUUCUGAGCUUCCAGUUGCCCUAUCCCUUUUCAGUGUAUUUGCUGAGAGAAUAACUCAUUCCUGUCAUGGCUAAUGGGCCAAGACUAAAGGCUUUUUAAAAUUGGAUGAUGUUCAAAGGGUUGCUGAAGGGAAGCCUUAAAUCAUGAACUUUCUACACUUUUCAAUGAGAUGUGGGAUAUGGAUGUUAACCGCCUUAUUCCAGGGAAAGACUACACAAUUGAUUUGCAGGGAAAAGCAGGUGCUGCACAGCAAGGUGACAGCGCAGCCAGACGUCUGUUUCACAAUGUAAAUGAAGAACGCCUGAAGAGCAUAAAAACUUUUGCAACCUUUAUUUCCUUAUUGGACAACUAUGAGACAUCAACUGGUGUAGCAGAAGUAGUGACUCCAGAAGAAAUAGCUGAAAACAAUCGUUUUCUUGACGCUAUCUUAGCGACUAAAGUAAUGAAACUAGCUCAUGAAUAUCUGCUGAAAAAAAAACUAGCAAAGCCAAACGUUGCCGAUUUCAAACAUCAGCUCUAUGACAUCUGGUUCCAGCUCUACGCCAGGAAAGGAGGAGACAGCCCUGAUUCUUGUGGUUUUGAACAUGUUUUUGUUGGAGAAACGAGGCGUGGUAAACAGAUAUUAGGUCUGCACAACUGGGUGCAAUUUUACCUUCAGGAAAAGCGCAACCAAAUUGAUUACAAGGGAUAUGUGACUCGGAAGAACAAAACCAGGCCCGACAAAGACGACCAAGUUUUGAGCAUCCAGUUCAGCUGGAAGGGCUCAGUCAAGCCAAUUGGAAGUACCUUUAUUGGUGUCAGCCCGGAGUUUGAAUUUGCCCUUUACACCAUCAUUUUCCUGCUGUCUGAAGGAAAAGUCACACGUGAAACAGUGAUGAUAGAGGAAUACAAGCUACAGAUAGUUGUUUGCUGCCAUGGGCACCACAUUGGAACAGCAUAUCCAGUACUCCUCAACACCAGCAGUGAAGACACUACCUAGAGUGAUCAGGCAACUUUUUUUGGAGGGUGGGGAAGGAGGGGAAGGGACAGGAAUAGGGACCAAAUAGCAGAGUAAGUUGAGGUGUUGCCUUAUACAACUGAUUUUGAGUAAAAAUUGAUGACUCAUUUGCUUUUGGUCUGCAGUGUAGUGUUUAAUCAACAGUGUGCCAUGGCUCAGCGUCUGACAAGUCUUGAGACAUAUUUCUGCUCAUAUUAAAAGCUGGAUCAAACUUA